UCAGGGUCGAUUUGGGGAUCAUUUCAGGGUUGAGGAUCAUUUCGGGGGCUGAGCGGUCUUGAACAUAUUUUAAUCAGAAGCAAGCUUAGUUAUUCAACUUCACUUACUGAAAACAGGCUUACUCAAGCAAGACGAAUUUCAAUGCUCUAGCCCUGAACACUCAAACUCUUACAUCCGUCAACUCCUGGGGAAAAACGCGCUUAUACCGUCUUACUUCAUCACCUGCUCAAAAGCCGCCAGGGCAAAUGUUGUCUUUAGAAUCCCUGGCUUAUCCUACAGGCAUCGCGUCGCUGUUACUCUUCGUGAUGUUGUUCCUCUACUGGUAUGGAACGCGAGGCUUCGCCGACCUAAAGAAACUCAACGUCCCUGGUCCCAAACCUCUUCCAUUCCUGGGAAGCUUUUUACAUCUAAGGAAAUAUAACGGACUGCAUCUGCUGUGUGUAGACUACGUUAUGAAGUACGGCAAAAUGUUCGCUAUCUGUCUGGGUACUCAGCCAACGCUUGUCAUUACUGAACCAGAAUUAGCAAAGCAGAUAAUGACAAGGGACUUUCACAAGUUCCGCAAUCAUUUCAUUGUACAAAGAACACGCUUUCCUCUCAACCUCUUGGAGGCAAAGGACGAAACGUGGAAGAGAAUCCGUAACAUACUAACGCCCACGUUUAGCGCGGGAAAAAUGAAGUUGAUGGUGCCAUUGAUCGAGAAAUGCUGUGACACGCUCGUGGAGAAACUUGAAAAUGUUGCUGAUUCACACCACAAUGUGGAUAUGCAGGAAUGGCUCAGCAAGCUAACACUGGAACUGAUUUUAUCGACGGCUUUUGGUGUGGACGCGAACAUUCAAGUGGGAGAGAACAUCGAAAUGCUGGAGAACGCAAAGAGAUUUUUUCAAGUUCCGCCAAUCGUCCGACGCUUAGCUCGCCUUCCAGUCGCCGGCACAAUCGUUGAGUUGUUGGCACGUCUCCGAGGGAGCCUGAACUAUUUUCGAGACUUAGCGCAACAUGUCAUCAAAACCCGACGUGAGCAGGGUGCCACAGGACGGAAAGAUCUGCUUCAACUUAUGAUCAAUGCCCAUGAUGAGAAGACCACAGGGAAUGUCGGCAGACUUACCGAUGAGGAGAUCGUGGCCCAAUCAGUGCUUUUCCUAUUGGCUGGCUCCGAUACAACAGGCAACACGUUGAGCUUCACUGUUUACUUCCUGGCGAUGAAUCCAGAUGUGCAAGAAAAGCUGAGGAAGCACAUUAAAGAGGCCAUGGAUUCCAAUGCCGACGAGUCUUUGUACGAUUCUUUGUACGAUGUGGCCAAGAGUAUCGAUUACCUUGAUUACGUCAUUAAGGAGACUCUGCGGUUGUGUCCGACGAUACCAAUGAUCAACCGCGAAUGUUCUGAAGAUCAUGACCUGAAUGGAAUGCACAUUCCUGCUGGAACAGAGAUUGUGUUUGCUACUUAUGCAAUGCAUCAUGACCCUGAUGCGUGGCCCGACCCGGAGAAGUUUGAUCCCGAGAGAUUCCGCGGUCCCGACAAGGACGCCCGCCAUGCCUUCCAGUUCCUACCGUUUGGUGGCGGGCCCAGAAGCUGCAUUGCUAUGAGGUUCGCCCUGAUGGAGAUCAAGAUUGUUCUGAUGAGAAUCCUGAUGAAGUACAAAUUUGAAAGGUCUCCCGAAACACAAGUACCUUUGGAUAUCUAUGCGGGCUUCACGCUGACGGCAAAAGAUGGCGUGCUAGUCAGAGUUUGUACCAUCUAGAAAAAUAGGUACCCAAAGGGUACUUGUGUGAGAUACUCAUUUGCGUUAAUAGACACGAGCCGAUGACAUUAGUGGUAUCCCACACAAAUAUUCAAUUGUCAAAUGCAUCGUUUUCACGUGACGUCAACAUUUUCUAAAAUCCAAAACUAAU